AAGGGUUUACCUGAAGACAAGCCACCCUGUUCAUCAGAGACUGGACCAGAGUUCCUCCCUGCGGGCAAUUAAAGAUGCUGUUGCCAUGGAAACAGCUGGUCCUGCUGUCAUUCAUUGGCUGCCUAGGAGGUGAGCUGCUCUUACACGGCCCCGUGUUCGUCAGCGAGCCCAGCGACAGCAUGGUCCCCGUCGGUGCUGAGGACAAGAGAGUCACUUUCAAGUGCGAAGCGAGAGGCAACCCUUCCCCUCAGUACAGAUGGCAGCUGAACGGAAGCGAUAUUAACCUGGCCGUGGAGUCUCGUUACGAGCUGAACGGAGGAGACCUGGUGGUCAUUAACCCCCACAGGGAUCGGGACUCGGGGAGUUAUCAGUGUUUCGCUACAAAUCCGCUCGGAACCAUCGUCAGCAGAGAAGCAAAGCUGCAGUUUGCCUAUCUGGAAAACUUUAAAACCAGAAUGCGAAGCGCGGUGUCGGUGCGCGAAGGCCAGGGCGUGGUCCUGCUGUGCGGCCCCCCGCCUCACUCUGGAGAACUAUCGUAUGCGUGGAUCUUCAAUGAAUACCCUUCCUUUGUUGAGGAGGAUGGCCGGAGGUUCAUCUCUCAGGAGACAGGCCACCUCUAUGUAGCCAAGGUGGAGCCGUCCGACGUCGGGAACUACACGUGCGUGGUGACGAGCGUGGUGACCGCCGCCAGGGUGCUGGGCUCCCCGACGCCGCUGAUGCUGCGCGCCGACGGUGUGAUGGGCGAAUAUGAACCGAAAAUAGAAGUUCAGUUUCCAGAAACUCUUCCAGCCGCGAAAGGGUCCACCGUGAGGCUGGAAUGCUUCGCCCUCGGGAACCCCGUGCCCCGGAUCACUUGGAGGAGGAGUGACGGGCGGCCUUUCCCCAGGAAAAUUAACGUGCGGAAGUUCGGAGGUGUGCUGGAGAUCCCCGGCUUCGAGCAGGAGGACGCAGGCUCCUACGAGUGCCUCGCCGAGAAUUCCCGAGGGAGAAACGUGGCCCGGGGGCGUCUCACUUACUACGCCAAGCCUCACUGGGUCCAGCUCAUCGGCGACGUGGAGGCCGCGGUGGAGGAGAGCCUGCGCUGGGAUUGCCGGGCCGGCGGGAAGCCCAAGCCCUCCUACCGGUGGCUGAGGAACGGGGAGGCCCUGGCGCUGGAGGAGCGGAUCCAGCUGGAGAACGGCGCCCUGAGCAUUGUGAACCUGAGCGUGGCGGACGCGGGCAUGUUCCAGUGCGUGGCGGAGAACAAGCACGGCCUCGCCUACUCCAGCGCCGAGCUCCGGGUGCUGGCCUCCGCCCCAGACUUCUCCGCGACUCCCAUGAGGAAGCUGGUGCGGGCGCAGGUGGGCAGCGUGGUGGGCCUGGACUGCCGGCCCCGAGCCGCCCCCCGGGCCGUGUGCUCCUGGAAAAGAGGCGAGGUGACCGUGCGGGAGGAUGGAAGAAUUUCUUUCCUAAAAGAGGGAGGGCUCAGCAUAGCCAAUGUGACGAAGGCCGACGCUGGGACGUACACCUGCUUCGCAGAAAACCAGUUCGGGACGGCCAACGACUCCACGCGCCUGGUGGUCACAGAUCCCACGAGAAUAACGCUGGCGCCGUCGAACAUGGACGUGUCCGUGGGCGAGAGCGUGGUCCUGCCCUGCCAGGUGCGGCACGACCCCCUGCUGGACGUCGCGUUCACCUGGUACUUCAACGGGGCGCUCGCCGACUUCCAGAAGGACGGCUCUCACCUGGAGAAGGUGGGCGGGAGCUCCUCGGGCGAUUUGAUGAUCAGGAACAUCCAGCUGAAGCACGGGGGGAAGUACGUCUGCGUGGUGCAGAGUGCGGUGGACAGUGUCUCCUCGGCCGCUGACCUGGUAGUGAGAGGUUCCCCUGGGCCACCAGGAAACGUGCAGGUGGAAGAGAUUACAGACACAACAGCCCAGGUGUCCUGGACAGAAGGCACCGACAACCACAGCCCCAUCACCUCCUAUUCCGUCCAGGCGAGGACCCCUUUCUCCGUGGGCUGGCAGGCCGCCAGGACAGUGCCCGAGGUCAUUGAUGGGAAUACACACACUGCCACUGUAGUCGAGUUAAACCCGUGGGUGGAGUACGAAUUUCGGGUUGUAGCCAGCAACAGACUCGGAGGUGGAGAACCCAGUUUGCCCUCAGAAAAAGUAAGAACUGAAGAGGCAGUCCCUGAAGUGCCUCCUUCCGAGGUCAGUGGGGGAGGCGGAAGCCGGUCCGAACUGGUGAUAACUUGGGAGCCGGUCCCGGAGGAGCUGCAGAACGGCGAGGGCUUUGGGUACGUGGUCGCCUUCCGCCCCCUGGGAGUCACCACCUGGAUCCAGACCGUGGUCACGUCCCCCGACGCCCCGCGAUACGUGUUCAGGAACGAGAGCAUCGUGCCCUUUGCGCCGUACCAAGUGAAAGUGGGCGUUUACAACAACAAGGGCGAAGGGCCGUUCAGCCCCGUGGCCACCGUGCUCUCGGCAGAGGAAGAACCUACAGCAGCUCCAGCUCACGUCUGGGCCCACAGCCUGUCCUCCUCGGAAAUUGAGGUGUCCUGGAGCGCCAUCCCGUGGAAGCUGAGCAGUGGCCAUCUCCUGGGCUACGAGGUGCGGUACUGGACCAGUGGAGAGGAGGGCUCGCCGCGCAGAGUGAAGGUGGUGGCAGGGGAGACCGUGGCCCGGCUCCACGGGCUGAAGAGCCACCUGGUCUACCACGCAGCCGUCCGGGCUUACAACAGCGCGGGCGCCGGGCCCUUCAGCGCCACGGUGAAUGCCACCACCAAGAAGACGCCGCCCAGCCAGCCGCCGGGAAACGUGGUCUGGAACGCUACGGACGCCAAGGUGUUUCUGAGCUGGGAGCAGGUCAGAGCCAUGGAGAACGAGUCGGAAGUGACGGGGUACAAGGUGUUCUACAGGACUAGCGGCCAGGGGGGCCUGCAGGUGCUGAGCACAAACCGAACCUCGGCCGAGCUGCGGCUGCCCGUCCAGGAGGGCUACGUCGGGGCCAGCAGCGCGCCCGUCAGAAUCCCUAGGAGAACCAGUUCGGACACCAGGGGCUCCCCGUCAGCCAUCGCCAACGUCCACCCCGUGUCACGCUACCUGCUGGCAGUCCUGUUCGUGGCUCAUGUCCUGUGGUGAUAGCACCUCUUUUUUAUUAUUUACUGCAAGUUAAUUGGUUACAAAAAAAAGUGCUUUCAUGAAAUGCAGUGAUUAUGCAUGGUUUCCCCCCACCCCCAACUCUGUAUUUUUAACUUUCUACGCAGGUAAAAUACAAAUGUAACUCAAAGAUAAGCAGUACAUCCUUUUAGGGGAAUCUGAAAUGCCUUAAUACUUGAUAAACCAAAGGACUUUAUAUAUAUUAUGUAUUUCAGACUUUUGAUACAGAGGGUAUCCCCCCAAAAUUCAACACACGCGUUGAAUAACUAUAAAGGCGGUGUUUAUUAAAAUACAUUUCAUUCUCAAAAUGGAGCUAUGGGCUGUGGAAGGGGGUACGCAUUUUCGGGGGGACACCCUAGAGGUGUCUGUAAGCGAUGGUUUUACACACUGCCUGUGGGUGAAGACUCCCAUCCUCCCACGCGGACACACGUCUUGUUUGUUGUGUCUUAUUCAUGCAGAGAAGCUCAUUGAGUCCAAAAGUUAGGUUCCCCGCCAGAGCAGCAGUGCUUGGGAGAGUUGACCAGUGUUAUUUUGAAGGGGUCAAAACGCCUUUAGAAACUGCCCUGUCCUGAAGAGGGCGCAUGGGAUUCGAAGGAGGGUUGGAAAACGCUGCCCUGGGGGCCCCAGGGGGGCUGUUUGGCCCCCGUGUCCUAGGGAGGGGGUGGGAUUCUUCCCACGCCACUUUGCCCAAAACUCAUCUGUAAACCGUGGGGACGGUCUCACCCCCCUCACCUGCCUCGGCCCCGGGAAGGACUUGGAACAGAGAAGGAAGGAGGCGUGAGCGGGGCUGCCUGCCCCGUGCAGACCGCGGUGCGAAUGUGUUGACAGCAGAUGCCAGGACUGCGGCGCUUUCACAGCCCGCAGCCCAUCCCAGAGCGGGCUUUUGUUUCAUUCAAAGACGCUGUGAAAUUGGAAGGGUCACACUUUCUCCUUCUCAAAAAUUAAAAAAAUAAUAAUAAGCAUGACUUGUGUCCUUCACGCCUAGGAACAAGUUGCAGCUUUUAUUAAAACCCCGUGGGCAAGAGAAGGAAGGACCUGAAUCUCAACCCAGACAUUAAACAAAAUCCACACGACUUUUCAUUUCCAAUGUCGGGUUCCAUUAAGAGGCCCUCUCUUUUUGGGGUGACAGAGACGGGCUUUUUUUUCUUAAAUGAAAUCCAACGGGUCUAUCUGAGAGAGCCGGGCAGGCUUUUUAGUGCCUGCGGUAAAUUUGUAAUAGAGCCGGGCGAGGCAGCUGACUCUGAUGUGUGCGGUUUUCAAAGGCUUUUCAAGGACGCGACUUCAGAGCAAUAUGCAGAGAAUAACGUGAAAUCCGCAGAUUGAGUGUCAGACGAGGCAAAAACAAUUUUUUACCUCUCUUUUUUUUUUUUUUUUUUUUUUUUUUACCAAUUUCACAUUUUGCAGAAACUUGUUCUUCUCUGCAGAAUUCUCAGAAUUUGAAGCCAACAGUUUCAUGUACCAGAAAGCAUAAAGCCUGGCUUUUACGUUUAGAAAUUUCAUUUAAGAUAAAGUCGUCCUACGCAGAGGAGAAGAAUAUUUAUCACUCUCUCCGCAAGGUCUGUAUAUACUGUAAAUACCGAGAAAAACCUAACCGUCGCUCCUUCGGUCAAAAACAGAGGCCGCGCUCUCUCCAGCACCUGUAUGUGCAGCCGCACGUAAUGGAGCGGUACCUCUUUAUGACGUAAUGAUUCCUAUGCUUCCGUUUUCAGCACCAUUGCUCUGUGUCUAUGGCGUUUCUAGCAAGAUAUCUCCAUGAGAUUUGUACAUUGUUUCAUAUUGAAAAGUAUAAAAGGUACCUUUACAUUGCUGUGUGUGUAUCCUAUGGUUAUCUGUAUGUAUUCUUUUCUAUCAUUCUAAUAAAAUUUAUAACAAUCAAA